CUUUUUCUUCUUUUUACAACACACACACACACACGAAUCGAAGGUUUGAAUUGCAUGUGAAGUAAGUAACUGGGCACUGCAAUUUAUAGUACAAAAAUUAGUCCCAAGAUUUCUGUAUGGAUUUUUAAUGGGCUAUUAGGUUGGAAAGGUUGCAUGUGAUUCACUAUGAAAAGAACUGAGCCUGUUCCGUUGGAUAUAUCAUCUGAUGAAGAUGAUAAACCUUCUGCAUCCAAUGGAACCAAAGAUCCUGCUGGUGGCAAGAGGCUAAAAACUGACACUGCAGUUAUCGUUUCUGACAAAAAAGUUGUAGUAACUGAAGAACUAAUGAUAAGAAGUGCAAAAAUGUAUCAAGAAUACAUGAAGCAAAUCCCGAUUCCAGCUCAACGCGGGUCAGUCAUAACAUUCACCUCAUGGAGUGGUUUAGCCAAAUCGAUGAAACAAUUGUACCAGCAGCCACUGCAUUACCUGACUAACGUUCGUGUAAAAGAGUGGGAUCAGUUGAGAGGCGAUGCUGACAUCAGAGCAGAACCAUUAGACACCAUAAUCCAUCCAUGUAAAGCGGAAACUAACAUCUGGCUCAUGGAAGAAGUUCACAGGCUCACAUCCUCUUAUCAAUUUCUUGCUAAACUAUGGUUAGCCGAUCCCAUGUACAACGCUUCUAUUGAUUCAGUUUUCCCCCAGUUAUGAAGGCUGUUGAUGUAAUCUCCCCUUACUAAUUGACUUUGGUAGCUUAGUUUGCAGAAUUAGAACUUGUGAUAUCAAACAAAAUCAUUUUGUUAGUUAUUGUGGUUUUUUAAUUUAGUAUGGUUUUAAAA